GGAAUGAAUGCAAGCAUGCAGCACAGACAGCCACCAUGACUCCUGCUUUGAACCCUGAAGAAGAGACCCAAGCAUCUAUAGGAUGACUGACAGCUGCACCUUCUGAAUCCCAGAAUGCCUGUUGUGCCAGUACUUGGGGAAUCCUCCUCCCACCAUGCUGUACCUGUUGCGCUCACCUGCUCCUGGCUGAUUCUGCUAUUUCAUUCAGCUUUUGGUCAGAAACCUGCCAAGCUGCCUCUGAUUGGCCGAAAACCUUUCAUUGCUGCCUGGAAUGCUCCACUGGACUUAUGCACCUUCAAGUACAACAUAACCACCAACAUUAACCACCUAUUCCACAUCCAGGGAAGCCCACGUGCUGAUUGGACAGGCCAGAACGUCACAAUUUUCUAUGCCAACCGGCUGGGCUACUACCCUCACUACACAUCACGUGGCAAAGCCGUCUUUGGUGGCCUACCUCAAAACUGCAGCCUGGACCGACACCUGUUCAAAGCCUACCAGGACAUCAACCACUUCAUACCUGCAGAGGACUUUCGUGGCCUGGCUGUUAUCGACUGGGAGUUCUGGCGACCUCAGUGGAGUCGUAAUUGGCACAAAAAGGACAUCUAUAGACGCAAAUCAAAGGAGCUAACCAAGAAAGCAUACAUCAACGUGACUGCAGCACAGGUGGAGGAACUGGCACGGCGGAGGUUUGAGAAAAGUGCCAAGAUGUUUAUGCUAAAAACCAUUCAGCUGGGGAGACAGCUCCGGCCCAGUGCCCUCUGGGGUUUCUACCUCUACCCUGAUUGCCACAAUUACAACCUGCACGAUCAGAACUAUACAGGCUUUUGCCCCCUGCUGGAGAGGCUGAGGAAUGAUGAGCUGGUGUGGCUAUGGAACAGCAGCAUGGCCCUCUAUCCCUCUGUCACAAUCAGGAAGCAUCACAGCAACAGCAUCAGCAACCUGCACUUCACCCAGCACAGGAUCAGAGAGUCGCUCCGAGUCGCCUCACUGACCUCAAAGGAGUAUGAUCUUCCCACCUAUGUGUACCUAAGGCUGGGCUACCGAGAUGAGGCCCUCAACUUUCUCACUACAGACGAUUUGAUCCACACUAUAGGGGAGAGUGCUGCACUGGGAGCUGCAGGAUUUGUCAUCUGGGGAGAUUUAAAUUUGACCUCAUCCAGGCAUAACUGCACCCACGUCAGGUCCUUCCUAAGCCACCGUUUGGGUCUGUACAUCACCAAUGUGACACGGGCAGCAGAAAUCUGCAGUGAAUUCCUGUGCCAGAGUAACGGCCGCUGCAUCCGCCGGGACCCCCACGCCAGGCAUUACCUCCACCUGAGUGCUGACAGUUACCGCAUCCGUCCCUCUGGGGAUGGGGACUUUACUGUGAAUGGCUGGCAUUCACUGCAUGAACAGCAGCUACUAAUGGAGAGGUUUCGCUGCCACUGCUAUGAGGGCCACAAUGGUGAGAACUGCGACAGCAUCAACAAAGUGAGAGAAGAUAAAGGGCCAUGGGAGGAAGAGGAGGAGUACAAAGAUCACGACAAGAAGAGGACAGAGUGGGAAGAUGAACAGGGUGAACAGCAGGAGGCAGGAGAGAGUGCGGCAUCGCCAACUUGCGUCAGUCAUCACUUCACUUUAUUGCUCCUGUUGAAUGUAUUAUUAGUAAAGAUAUAUGUUUGAAGAUGGCUUCAAAAGAAAAAAGUUAGUUUCAAUUUAGCUUCGGGUACAUGUUACAUUUCAACACUGCAGUAAAUAUAAUGUUCUAAUUCAAAAUUUAGUUUUUAUUUUAUCCAAGGAUACUGACAUAAACUUGACUUUAUGCACCAUAAAGCUAAUUGCAGUAAUAGGAACGUCUUGCUGAUGCUGUUUGAUAAAUGUGCUAUAAACAGUUGCAAAAUCCCACCUGAAAUACAAUACAUGCAGAAAACAUGUCUCAUGAAAACACUUUACCCAAUCAGAAAAUGAUUGCCUGUCAGUCAAUUAUUUAUUUAUUCAGACUGAACAUUAUUUGUGGCCUAAAUCAUCACUGUACCCAUUGAAACAGAAGGAAAAAUGGAACUGCACAGCCAAUAUACAUGCUUAAAUUUAAUCAUUGUAACUCAUAUUGCAAAGAAAUCAUGUGAAAUGCUUUAUGGUUCAUGAACAAAGGCAGAGCUGGCUUGUCGCAUGAUGAUCCUUCGUUUUGCUUUGUCCACAAAAACCAAAGGGUGCUCAAAAUACAAUACUGCACAUGCAUAUGUGGGAGCACAAUUACAAAGACUUGAUGCAUUUUUAAAGACAUCCUUUAUUUGCAGUACCUUGAAUGAACUGUUACUAUACUUUGCGGUAUAUGUACAAAUUUAUAUUUUUGUAUUGUUACUUAUUACUUGUAGUCUUUCCAGGAGAUGUCACAAACAGUUUUGGAGCCUGUUAGGAUGCAGCAUAUAGCUGCUUUUAACUUCAGAAUACAUUCUGUUGGGUUUGUUACCCUAAAGAACAGGAAGACUUUUUAUAUUAUUGAUCUCUGGAUUUUGUAUUUAAUUCUACUUCAUCUCAGUGUGACUGGUAAAUGGCUACUGUCUCUGAAUGUACAACUGAAAGUGCAAGGAAGCACUCAACUGGAUGCAGGAGAUGGCACACACUAUAUCUGACAGACACAGCCUCUGGAAACUGAGGUCCUUUAAUUUCACCUUUUUACCAAAGUAUACCAGCUUUUUGAUGCCUCAGGUUCUCGUGAAACUCUUUAUUCAGUCUCUCUCUGUCUGUGUCCCAAUGUGCUUUUCUCUGGAUAAUACCAAGUAUAAAGCAUACUUAUAACUAUGAUGCCAAAGUUUACAAAACAAAGUUGUCAUAUCUAUUCACCAUUUGUUGUUUUAGAACCAGCCUCCAUCAGCAAAUACUGUUUGUUCAGUAAUACAACUGUAGAUGGUCUAACUUUCAUUAAUCUAUUAGGAAUUUAUUGAUUUUACCAAUCAAAACACAAUGUAAGAAAAUCUUCUAAUUCGGUAUCCUUGUUCCUAACAAAAACAGCUUAAAGUCAUUAGAUAAUAAAAUUCAGUGUUUUUACUUUUUCUUUUUUUUUUUAAAAAUAAAAUCAAUCCCCUAAAGUUUGCUUUACGUUCAGAUUGAACAAGUAUUUGUAAUGACACUAACCAGAAACAUUACCUUGGGAGGAGUUGGCAGUUAUGUAGUCAAAGAGACAGAAGAAAAAAGGGGUAGAAGGGGUAACCAAUAAUUUUAAUAUUUAACAUUAAGUAACAAUGAAGCACGUCACAUGGAUGGCUCAAGCCUGCCUUCAGGUUAAUGUUUUUAGGUUUUUACUUCAGACUUUGUGUAGCAAUUGUAACAAUUUCCUGUAGUCACUGUAUUCUUCAUUAAAUCUUAAGAUUGUAAACUACAUAUGUAACAAGGAGUGUGCAACACAUGAAAAAUGUUACCUGAAUGUAAAUGCACUGCUAAUAAACACUUU